AUGGAAGCCACUAGGGAGGCUUCGGUGGCUCAGACGAGGAACCUGGGACACGUGUGCAAAACCAGUGCUCCUUGUGGAGCCCACGUUUCCUCGCUGAGACACGUGGAGGCCUCGGCACAUCCUUGGGAUGCAGCCGUGGACCAAUCCGUGGAGCCCACUGAAUCCUGUGGACUGGCGGGUCCUGGUCCAACCUCUCGCAGUGGCCGCUCGUGGGCUCCCCGUGGAAAACCGGUGUUGGUCCACGUGGUAUUCUUGGACCCAGCUGGGAAGUUGGCUGAAUUCUGA